UUACCAACACACAACAAAUUUUCUCGCCUUAAAUAAAUAUCUAAACAUUGUAAAGAAACUCUCUUAAGAAAUAAAACCUUUGCAAAUUUCACGUGCGCGAGGGCGGCCAAAAAUUCCCACGGCACCUACGGAGGUCGUGGAAACCUAGACCUCCCAAAAAAAUACUUGCUUGCUCUUUAUUUUUAUUUAAACCGAGUCACACCGAUUUCCCGUGCGCCGGGUUGAGGAUUAAGUAAAAAAUUAUUCAAUUGAUUUGUAGGAACAAUGGUUAACUCGGGUCUAUCCACUGUUGAUGACUUGGAACAAAAACUGAACUCAGCCAAGCAGUCGCUGGUGAUUUUAAAUGAAAACAUUCGCCGCAUUGCAGGUCGCGUCCCUAAAGAUUCCCAGCAGAGAUCAGAGAAGUUCAAAUAUAGCAACGAUGGAAAGAAGAACGACCACAACGGCGAACGACAGUUUCCCCGAAAUGGGCCAGGAGGGGUAUUCUUGAAAGACAAACGGCGUAUGUUCGACGGGAAAAACCCCAUUCAACGGUUCCCCAUCGAGGAGAACGAUGGACGACCACCAAGGAUCAACUCCCGGGUCAUCCGGGAAAUGCCCACCAAAAAGGAGGUGGUCGAAGCGCAGGGAACAGAUUCCGAGUCAAGAGCCCGGAACCGUCGGAUGUUCGGUUCGCUACUGGGAACCCUGCAGAAAUUCUGCCAGGAAGAGUCACGUCUGAAAAGUAAGGAGGACAAAAAAGCUGAGAUCGAAAAGAAGGUGGAAAAACAGGAACUCCAGGAAAGAGCCUUGCUGAGGAAACAACGCGAAACUCUGUUUUUGGACAGGAAAAAAAAGCAAUUCGAGAUCCGUAGACUAGAGUACAAAAUGGCCAGGAUGAAGGACUUCAAGGCCUGGGAAGCUACCAUGUCGUAUUCGAAAAACCAUAUAAGAACCAAAACGAAACCACACCUGUUCUUUCGGCCAAAACACCAUUCUGCUAAAACGGAAAAACUGCUGAGUAAAAGCAAAAGCGAAGCUGAUGUCUUUAUAGAAUGCAGACGCGAAGAAUUAGAGGUCGAGCUAAAGAACUUGGAGAACAUGAAUUUUGGAAAGAUGGAGGACGAUAACGUAAUGGACGAGAGCUUCUAUGAAGAGCCUGAUGAUGAAGAUCACGUAGAUAAGUCUUCAUUAUAUGGUAAAUGAAGUUCGUGAAAGUAAAUGAUGCUAUUAUAGGAAUAAAGGAUUAAAACUAAUUCAAAAAAUAUUUAAACAAAA